AAAAUUAUAAACUUUGAACACGAUAUUGCAUUUCAGGUCAAAACAACAUCGCCGAGGAAGUAUUUCGUCCAGCCGAACGCGAGCAUCGUCCAGCCAUGGGAUUCUUGCACAAUAAUGAUUACCCUGCAGGCACAGAAAGAUUACCCACCAUACAUGCAAUGCAAGGAUAAAUUCUUGAUUCAGAGCACGAAGGUGGCCGCCAAUACCGAGAUGGAUGAGAUCCCCCCUGAUACGUUCAACAAGGAAGCUGAUAAGGUAAUCGAGGAAAUGAAGCUCAAGGUUGUCUACACAUUACCUAGCUGCGGAGGUUCAGAUGACUCUAGCGUAUCAUUUUUAGGAAGCCGGAGCUUCAAAGCAGCGUCUGACGAUCUGAUGAUGCUGAAGAAUGCAAGCCUUGAAGAGGUAAUACGCUCUAUGCCAACAAUUCUUACCAUAUUUUUUUACUUUGGGACUUCACUGAAAACAAGUGAAUUCAUCACUUUUCUCUGACGAAUUCAUAGAACGAAUAGUUUUGCUAACUUGAAUGUUAUAUGCUUGAAGCUUUUUAUCAUGAUUUAGCAUC